AUGGCGGCGAUGAAGAACACACAUACACUAGAGGAUGAGCUGCGACUCCUUACCGAAGGGCUGGAUCGGCAGAGGCAGCAGCACCACCCGCAGCUGGAAGAUCAGCUGCAGCCGAACAGUCAGCUUCACCCCUCCCUGCACGAAGACAAGCUGCAGGAAGCAGAGGAGCUGCAUCAUGAAGAGCAACGCCCCCAACGGGAUGUGCAUCAGCAACACCAGGAGCAGCAAGAGCAGCAAGGGGAUGGCUUGGGGGCACUAGGAGAGCUCGAACGGCGGCUUCGUUCACUUGGCCUUUUCGCUGGACAGCAGCUGCGGGCGAUCCAGCAGCAACACCAACACCAACAACAUCAACACCAACAACACCAAGAGGACGGCAACCCAGUUUCUGGCGCCUUGAUGCCGCAUAGAGCUGAGGAGACACUGGAAGUCUAUGGCACGGCCAGGAUUCCCCAGCAACCUCAGCAUCAAGAAGACGCGAGGCUCAUGCUGCCCAACCAAAACACCUUCCGACAGAAGCCAGAGCUCCAGCAGGAGCAGCAGCGCCAGCAACAGCACUGGACAAGAGAGGAGCGUGUGCUGCAGCACUACUUGCAGCAGCAGCAGCAAUCCCAGGACGAGGAGCAGGAAAGUGUACAGGAGCAGUAUCUGCAGCAGCAGCAGCAGUACCUACGGCAGCAACAGCAGCGCGUUCCUCCUUCAGCACUUAGGGAGUCACUGGCGGCUGGAGGACAGGGGAACUUCUUGCAGCCACACAAUCGGAAGCCAGAGCGAUUCAUGCAACAGCAGCGGCAGUCGCAGCACGUGGUGCAAAACGGAGUGGCUAUGGAGGGCUGCGCUCUGAACCCGGAUGCUGCCGAGUUUGUGCCUUCCUGUUUGUUGCAACGGCAGCUGCAGCAGAACCGUGGCAGCAAUGCAGGAGCGAAGGGAGCAGAUGCAGCGGCAGAGGCAGCAGCGGCAGUGGCAGCCAAGAGCAGCUUCGAGCCACACCGCCGUUCUUCCAUGGACGCUGCGUGGGAAGAGUUUGUUUUGCUGAACGAGGAGUGCAACGGCAUUAGGAACGGAGUUGGCAACAGCAGCUCCCAAUAUGCAGCCUGUGGAUGCGGCACCCUAUUCAAAGUGCAGUGGCAUGACAACGCCUGUACAGUCUUCAGGUUGGCGAUCAACCAGGCAUACGUAGAUAUUGAUAUCAAGCUUAUAUGUACCGAAGCCUUUGCCUCUGUUUUGCUUGUUGCUGCUGCAGUGCUUCCAUCGGAGUCUCGCUGGGUGGCUGUGGCUGUCAAGGGCGGAGAGGCUCCUUCCGCGCCGAAUAUACUUUUUGUAGCUGCAUGCAAUGAAAUUGGAGAAGCACCUACAGUGGCCGCAGACAGGGCAGCGGCUUCUAGCGGCACAGCUACCGUAGCAAGCCUUGGGGAAGGUAACUCUAGUGGUAGCAUAACAACCAGCAUUUCAGAUCUCAGCGAUGGCUCUGCAGUGGCAGCAGUGGCCACAGCCACGACAACAGCGAAUGCUGCUGCACCUGCAACUACUGCCACUGCGGCGAAAGCUGCAUCCAUGAGAGACGCGCCGGUGAAUGCAGCCGCAAAAAAGCGUCUAGAAGACACCGCUUUCAGCGGCAGCGGAAGCAGCAAGGUGCAUCCUCACGGCUGCCGCUUAAUUGCGGUCGAAGGAGUUGACGCUAAGGGCGGCACGUUUUGCAAAGCAACCUACUUUUUUCACGUUGGUGAGUUUCCUACACCAGGUGAUGCUGCUGCUGCCAGCCGUGCCCUUGCCCUUUUCCGCGCUUCAAGAGGUCACUCGGCCUUCUUUUCAGCCUUGCACUAUGAGGUGCAUGAGCACGUGAGCGCUCGUGCUGCGUCUUUGCUGGCUCUUGCAGAGAAGGGGCUGUGGGAAAGGAGGCAGGUGCGAUGGACAAGUCCUUCGGAGCAGCAGCAGUUGCAGCAGCAAAGAUUGCAGCAGCAGGAGCACCAGCAACAGCGGUUG